GUUUCAUCUCAAGUCAGGACGAGAACUCAGCAUGCAUCCUGCUUACACACUGUACAUCGGGCUUGAAGCUCGUGUGACCGAAUGGAAGAACGAUAUGUAUGCGACUGUCAGUAAACGGUUCAGCGCACCCACUGAUGCACAAUAUCAGGUUGAUGAGAAGAGACCGAUGAUUACGGAGAAGCAAGCUGAAGAAGGGAGAUCGGAGAAGGAAUUGCUGGAACAAAAAUACGCCAGUCAGUCAUGAUCAGAGUUAACAUAUGGCUCCGAAGCGACGAGAUAGA